CACUUCACACUUCUGUGGUUUGGAGUCAGAUCAGCUUGAGACUAAAAUGUCUUUCUUUGUGACAGCUGGGCUGCUUCUCUGCAUUCAGACACCAGGGUCCAGUGCUGUGACUCGUGUGUUUGUGCAGAAGGGAAAAGAUGUUCUUCUGGAAGUCAGGGAAAAUGUUGUUCUUAAGGAAACUGAUAUUCUGUUCUGGAGAUUCAAUCAAACAAGCAGUUUAGUAAGACUUAUUUCUGGGAGAAAUCCAGAAAUCUUCAAAGAAAGCAUUUCUUUUCUGACAAAUUACUCUGUGAAACUGAAGAAUUUACAAACAGCCGACAGUGGAGUUUAUGAUGCACGAGUGUCAGGGGCUACAGAACGAAAACUGGUUGAAUACAACAUCGCAGUUCAAAAUGCAGUGUCUCCAGUUAAGCUAAAUGUGGACUCUGUGUUAAGCAGCUCAGACUCUUGUAUCAUCAUUGCAACCUGCAGCACAGCAGAGUCCGACUUAAGCAGCACUUUCAGAUGUGUUCAUAAAACCUGCAAUCAGGACGGAGGAGAACAAUCAGAGACCACAAACUCUGGAGCUUCUCUACGUAUUUACCUGUCAGAUGUAUUGAUCUUCUGCAACCACAGCAACCAGGUCAGCUGGACUGAAAACAUGAUAGAGAUUCAGGAUUUCUGCCUCCAACCUGCUGUUUCAGAGUCCCUCCAUCUGUCUGGUGAAGAUGGUCGUGAUCUCAGUCGGUCUGAUCAUCAUGGUUUCUGCCAUUAUCAGCGUCCACCUCAUGGAGAAGUGCAAGAAGCAAAAAUAAACAAACAGUUCUCUACUUACCAAUCUUACAUGUAACUGUGUGGAUCAUUGGCUUUAGAGGAACAGAAUUUCAUUUUGAAACCUUAACAUUUGAUCUGCCCUUUAUUGCUUUAUCACUACUAGCAGGACUUUUUUUAUUGAGUUCUUCCGUUAGUAGUUUGUAUCAUACACAGGAAAUGCAGUGCUGCACCAAAAAAGGCAGAAGUUACAUUGCAGGAUUUAAUAUGUUUGAGGAAUAAGUAAUUGGUAAUUGCAAAUGUUUUAUGAGGAAGUAAAUACAUGCAACACUUUGAUGAGUAGUUUGCUUCAGGGAUAUUUUCAACACAACUGGACAAGCAACAGUUUAGUAAUAUGAAUAUUGUUUCUUUAUAUAAAACUCCACAGGGCAUGUUGUAGCAGAAUGAUGCCAACACUGAGUAUUCUUCAUUGUUUUAUUCAUUACUGUGUUCUCUGUGCAAAUAAAAAUUUGUACCAGUAUUAAAACUUGUAAAUAAUUUUCACUCAAAAUCUGUAUUUUUACAGAGUAAUUCCUUCUGUUACAAUGUCUGACCAUGAAAUUACAGUUUUACUGUGUAGAUUUCAGCUAAAUAUAUUUCAGUAUACUACAGAUAUGUCAUGAAUUUCAAUUUUUAUUUAAUGUUUUUUUUUAGAUUUUAGUUUUCAACAUUACAGUGUUCCACUGUUUUUUCCACAGUUUUUUUCUUUUUUUAUACCAGAAAGAGUGCUGUUUUUCUGCCAGUCUUUCUGCUAGAUUUUUGUUUUUAUAGUUUUUGUUUUUUUCUACAAUGUUGACUUUAUAUGUUGACUUUUGCGAUGAGAUCACAGCUAAGUUUUCCUUCUGUCUGCAAAUAAAGAUAAACUUUCAUGCAACUCUUUUUCAGUCAUAUGUUGGUUUUGCUUUGUCUUUCUGACAAAGCAAAGUUAUAUGUUCUUCUAAAUGUUAAUCUAAAAUCAUGUUGGUUUCGACUUCCACAGGUCCC